GUGCAAUAGAGAUAGCAGUUUAAAAUACAGCGAAGAGUAUUUCGGUGAAUCAGUGUUACAUAGAAGAAUAUACUACAGCACAGGAUAAUUGGAUAAAUAAGUCUGUUAUAGUGUUGACUUUAUAUAAGAUCUUUUCCAAGGACAUGGCAAGUAUGGCAGAAACUCCGGAAUUGAAUGAAAUUUUACCAGAUGGCGACAAGGAUGGUAAAAGGAUAUUUGUAAUAAAUGCUCCAUUAUUAACGCGUCAAUUAAAUGAUGUGAAACUUAUUGGUGAUCCUGGCGGUGGAAAGGUCAUACUAUGCGUAAUUAAAAAGGAGCUGCUUAAACUAUUUCCAUGGUGGUACAAAAAUAAGUUGAAGAUUCCAUUGGUUAUAAUCCUCACCUCGAAUGGCUCGGAGCAACAAUUGUUGCUGACGCAACGGCAAAAUUUAUUCCCUACAGACUUACGUCAGCAAAAUCAUAACCGCAAUGACGUCAUGUUGAGUUAUGUCUUGCAUAAUCAAUCAACUUUUUUCGAAUUGCCUAGUCAUGACAUUCUUUUAUAUUUUGAUGUUUCUUCUCAACAUGUUUCGCAAAGGAACAAAAGACGGUCGAGUUUGCCUAUUGAGCUAACAGACAACAACGCUUCUCAUAUUUCGCCCGUGGUAAUCUUUGUUGCUAACUCUCAUAAUCUUGAAGAUUCUAAGAAAAACGUUUUCACUUUGCACAGUGAAUAUCAACUGAACAAACAACGAACAAUAAACAGGCAACAUAUGCAUAAGCCCGUUCUCAGAAGGUGUCAUUCUUUUCCAAUAAUGGCAAAAGAAAGCAACAAUAAAGGAAAUCUGACAGUUGUAAAAAUAUUACCUCUGUCGAUGCCAACUGGCGUUGACAUUCCGCAAGCUCUCAAUAUGAAUGAUCAAUCCACGCAAACCGAUAACGACGAUCGUUUUAAAAGACUUUACGACGAGACAAAAUUAGAAAAUGAAAAGUUGAUGAACGAAAAUGAAUUCCUAAAACGCGAACUUUGGGAAAAAAAUAACUUGUUUGAAAAAAAUCGGGAAGAGAGGGGCCUUUUAGAGAAUGAAAUAUUAGGUUUAAAACGAAUGUGUCGUGAGACAGAAAAGAAGAGCAAAGAUCUCUUAUUCGAAAAUGGAAGACUUUUAAUCGAGAUGGAUUCCAAAAUUACUAAAGAAAAAGAUAUCGAAAAAUUUAAAAAAAUAUAUCCUAGUAUGCCAAUUAGGAACGCCAAUGAAGAAAUGGUCACGUCAGGGAUUGAUAAUAAUCACACAGAAAUAAUACCCCCAAAUCAUAGUCGAACUAACCAUGUUGGAUCCAGCAGUGAUCGUUCAAAUGAAGGAAACGUUCCACCCGAAUCUAUACAAUACCCUCUCCAAGUAGUAGAAGGAAAUGACAUGGAACCUAUCGGCGGGGAGAACAACCAAUUAUCAACCACGCCCCAAUAUAACAAUUCAUAUAAACAAUUAUUGCUAGCUAUUUCCCACAGUUUGCUCUCCAAUGAUGUUUUUAAACUAAAAGUUUGGGCUCACGAACAGUUUGCGGUUGAAACGAAUCUUAUCGCAACCGAAGCCAUGUUUCAAUUGGAUCGGAAAGGUGUUAUCAAUCCGACGAAUCUGAGUGCACUACGCAUGUUCUUCGAGUCAAUUCUGAGAUUUGAUUUAGCACAUCUCAUCCAACAAUACUGCUGCGGGGAUUAUGCUAAUUUGAAGCAGAUGAUUGUUAAAAUUAAAGAAAGGCUCGUUCAAAACGCGAGGGAACGCAAUCUACAUCAUGGACGCUCUUCUACUACUUUCCCAACAAAUUCGUAUCCUCCAAGAUUACCGGUACAACGAGAAGUAUCGAAUAGCAGUAAUCAAUAUGACACUGCAAAUGGUCCUCCACUUAAUUAUCCUCAAAACAGCGCAACUGAUACAAGAAGAAAUAAUAGAUCGUCUAUGUUUGAAGAUAUUGCCGAUCGUCGUUCCACGAGAGAAACAAGAGGUAGUGAAAAUAGUUCAAGAAGAAAUUUAACUGAAACGACCACAAGAGCAAGUAAUGGAAUUGCAGAUGAUUCAAGAACUGAACAGUCUGCUACACAGCUUAGUAUCCGAGAUCCUUCUGGAGAAUACAACGAUCCAUCAACAUCUCACGAAAAUGAUCGUUCCUAUUCACAUAGUGAUAGAAGAAGAGAGGAGAGAUGGUUGUGUAAUCACUACAAAAGACGUUGUAUGGUGAAAUUUGAAUGCUGUGAUAAAUACUGGGCUUGCCAUCGUUGCCACAACGAGACGAGCACGUGCCAGCAAAAGAAACUGAAAUCACGUGAUACGACGAUGGUCAAGUGCAUGGAAUGCGGAAAAGAACAACAGUUUGGUGAAAAUGGUCAAUUUUGUGUUUCGUGUAACACUCAAUUUGCUGAUUUUUACUGUGGAAUUUGCAAACAUCUUACUGGAAGAGAUGAUCAUCCCUAUCAUUGCGAGAAAUGUGGAAUUUGCAGGAUCCACGGAGAUCGUUCAUAUCAUUGUGACGUCUGUGGUGUUUGUCUUGAUGUUCAACUCAGAGGAAAUCAUAAAUGUCGUCCAGAUUCCGCUCAUGAUGUUUGCGGUAUCUGCUUGGAGGAUGCAUUCACGGGCUGCCAGAUCCUUCCAUGUUCCCACAAAGUUCACAAAGAAUGCUCCACCCAGAUGAUUCAAAGCGGAUUAACUCGAUGCCCAAUUUGCCGGGAGAGUUUCGCUCACAAACUCCAGAGACGCCCAACAGCUGGAAAUAAACCAUCAAGAAGAAGGCGGUGAAGACACGUAUGAAAAAUGGACAUUGUGAGACUGCAUGUAUAAAAAAUAUUUUUAUGUAUUAGUAAUUAUAAGCUCUCCUAGAGCGCAUUUUUUACGUGUACGCGCAUAUAAUUAACGGAAUUUGAAUUGUAUAGCCUGAAGGGAGCAGAGCAUAUACAUAUUUUUAAAUAAAUUAUUAUAUGUUAUAUAUAAAAUAGUUAAUAUAUUCGUUUAGUUAAUCAUAUCGAGUUAAAAGAAAAACAAUUAUAGAACAUAUAAAGAGUAUACCAUUAAUACACAUUAAUACAGUUCAUUAUUGUUUUAUUAUUAAUGAACCUUUUCUGUAUUGAAACCGAGAACUGAAAUGCAUGGUUUAAAAAUUA